CUACAGGGCCUACACACAAACAAAUGGCAAAUCCAAAUCUAUCCGAAAACGACUACAGAAGCUUUUUGUGCCCUAUUUCUAACAAUAUUUCAGUUUAUUUCUCUCUCGAAGCAUGCUAAUAACUAUACAUAUAUAUAUAUCUUACCCAUAAAGUCAUUGUUCACCAAUUCUAGGAUACACCCAAAUACACAAUCCCUUAUCCACUUUUCUUUACCCCCUUUUUGCAUUAAAUUAAAUUGUAAACCGCAUUACUAAGUGGUGGGUGGCAGUAGGGUUUUCAAUUCAAAUGACCCUUUUCAGCUCUCCAAUCUAGGGCUUGUUUUUGGCCUCCAUCUUGAAACCUUUAGCUCUUCCGCUGAUUACCCUUCAUUUCUUCCACGUGUUCUGCCUUCCGCCGAGCGGUUUCUUGGAUCUCUGGUGGUGGUGGUGGUUUUUGUUUUUUUUUAAUUUUUGGGUGGUUGAGUUGGGUUGGCGGGAGAUGGAGCCGGUGGACGAGGAGAAGAAAGUGGAGGAGGAGGUGAAGGGUGGGGAGUUGCUUUUCUGCGGCACAACUGCGUGGGAUGCAAUGGGCCGACGGAGGACCACGCUGGAGGAAAAUUUGGUUUCUCCCACGAGGCUGCGCCCGCUUAUGGGAGUGGAUAUUCGCUUUGUUGCCUCUGGUUGCGUGUCUUGUCACUGUGUGGCGUUGGACGUUGAAGGACGCUGUUAUACAUGGGGCCGCAAUGAGAAGGGUCAGCUUGGUCACGGGGAUAAAGUUCAGCGAGAUAGGCCAACAAUUGUUUCAGAAUUGUCCAAGUAUAAAGUUGUUAGAGCAGGGGCUGGGAGGAGUCAUUCUGUGGUAGUGACUGAAGAUGGCCUCUCUCUUGCAUUUGGUUGGAAUAAGCAUGGGCAGCUUGGUUCAGGUUCUGUAAAAAAUGAAGUUGAAUUAUCUCCAGUUCGUUGUCUAGUUUCUGAAGUCAAAACUGCAGUUUGUGGUGGUGAUUUCACCGUGUGGUUGACUUCUAUUGAAGGAUCUUCUAUAUUAACUGCUGGUCUUCCACAGUAUGGUCAGCUUGGGCAUGGUUCCAACAAUGAGUAUAAUACCAAAGACAGCUCUGUGAAGCUUGCUUAUGAAGCUCAACCUCGCCCUAGGGCUAUAGCCUCCCUUUCCGAGAAGACUAUAGUAAAAGUUGCUUGUGGAACUAAUCAUACAGUGGCGGUUGAUAAGAAUGGACAUGUUUACACGUGGGGCUUUGGUGGUUAUGGAAGGCUUGGACAUAGGGAACAGAAGGAUGAAUGGACUCCACGGUGUGUUGAUGUUUUCACAAGGCAUAACGUACUGCCACCUGAUGCAGUCGUUUCAGCAGGUUCUGCUAAUUCGGCAUGUACAGCCGGUGGUGGACAGCUUUACAUGUGGGGCAAGAUUAAGAACAGUGGGGAUGAUUGGAUGUACCCUAAGCCUUUGAUGGAUUUGAGUGGCUGGCAUCUACGCUGCAUGGAUUCAGGCAAUAUGCACCACUUUGUCGGUGCUGAUUCUUCAUGCAUAAGCUGGGGCCAUGCACAAUCUGGGGAACUGGGAUAUGGACCUAAUGGACAAAAAUCUUCUGCAAUCCCCAAAAAGGUGGACAUCCUAGAGGGAAUGCAUGUAAUCAGUGUUGCCUGUGGAUUUGCCCAUUCCUUGGUGGUAGUUGAUAGAACAAAUAUUGCUGAUCAACUUGAACAGCUUGAAGUACACGACGGUAAAGCUGCCAAUGAAGCAGUGGUUGAAGUACCUGAUAGUGGACCCGCGGUGGCUGAAAAAACUCCAAAAAAGAGUUCUGUCAAAAAAUCUCAAAAUUCGAAAAAGAGGAAGAAUGUAGAAAGUUCUUCAGAGGAUGAGGAAGAUAGUGAGUAUGACACUGAUGAUAGUGACGAAAUGCUUAAUGGUCAGGCUGAACAUGGAAGAGGCGCGAAGUCCUCAGGUAAAGGAAGAGGCAAAAAUACAGGCAAAUCUGCUUCAGGGAGAAAGAGCAAUGGUCGUGGGAGGGGACGACCCCCAUCACAGACAAAAAGCUCACAGAGUGCUGAAGGAAAAGGAUCGGGUAGGAGGGGGAGGCCAAAAAAGUCAUGAACAUGGUUCGUUUUUAUUAUAAUUUCUUUUUAUUGAUUAAGUGUGCUAUGACUCUUUACAUUUCCAUUUCCUUUUCCAAUUUUUCAGGAUGCAUUUAAAUUUUGAACCCCCUCUGAGUCAAAUGUUAUCCUGAAUUGACGUUAUUAACCUUGUAUGUCAGAGAAGGGCUGAUAUUUGACAAGUUCCUGAGUAUUUGACUAUUCUUUGGCAAAAAAUGUUGGAAAAGAAGAAAAAGAGAAAGAAAAUCUCUUUCUAUCUUGCUUUGUUUGGUAGUUCUCUUUUUAACAUUGCGACCCUAAGCCUGUUUCAGACCGCUAGAUGUGUGAUUCUUUAUAUUUAGAUCUCUUAGUCUGCAAUUCUAGAAAUCAUUUGUUGGAUUGGA